AGUGGACGCGAACGGUCGAUUGUUCGUGUCGUUGUUGAAAACUGCACAUGAAAAUGGCGUAGUAAGAUGGUAUAGUGCCAUAAUUUUCAUCGUAUAAACGUACCGUGAGAAGUCUUGAACAGUGAACAAGCGUUUAUCAUUUGACUUUGUAAGCAUUUAUAACGAUACCGUCCAAUCAAGAGCAUUGUGAUUAAUUCGAUGGAUCACUCAUCCUAAUAGCAGCGUAAAAAGUGUUGUGUGUUGGUGACUUGUACUGUGAUUUGACAACGGAUGUGUUUGAGUACCUCGUAACGUUUCGGAGUUUGAACGAGGUGUACAAGCUUGAUUAAACUAACGUGAUUUAAUUUUUAUGAAGGAAACUCAAGCAUGGCACUCAAACUUGGGAGAAAUCGAGAAUUUUUCCUCGUGACAGCUUGACGACCUCGACUCCAGACGAGUUCAAGAUGGCGCCACCGGCAUUUUGACACUUGCCCAAGAUUCGUCAGCUGGAUUUUACAACUGUUCCGAGCUUCGAUUAUUAUGAGCAGAGAAUUUUACGUUCCUUGUACACCUUACACUUAUCAGUGUGGCAGUGGCGGAGGCUCAACGGAAGGCGUCGUCGGGAGCGUCAGUGGUAGCGGCAGUGGUGGAAACAGCAGCAGCGGCGGUGGCAUGGAUUGCAUGCCCCUACGACCGGGUCCCUUUCACUACCUGAUAAGCGAGCAGGCGAAGUCCUUGAUCGCCCUGCAGGAGCUCCAGAAUGAGGUCGGUGUCCUUCUCGAGUUCCGGGACCUCGUCAUCGAGACGUUCCCAAACCUGCGGCACAAGAUGGCGGCGACGGCCUCCGCGGGGGCAUCCGUGAUGUCAUCCUCCUGCACCCAGAACUCCCACAUCCCCUUGCCACUGUCCAGCCCGUCGUCCAGAAGAAUCAACGAAUGGGAGCCUGGCAAGGUCAGGAGACGAGUUCCUCGCGAAGGUGGCGAGCCCUCGUCGUCAUCCUUGCCGAGGAGUCGCAGUAACUCUCACAGUGGCGGCACCAAGACCAACUGCAGCGCCACGGUACAGGAUUCCGGCUUCAGCACAGAGACUUCCUCCAAAGACAGUGCCUCUACAGCGAUAGCACCUAGACCUAACAGUCCACGGCCUGCUGUGCUGGACGAGGCAGAGGACGAGCUGUGGAACCUCCUGGACGUGAUUCAUCGUAAAGGGAUCAGGCUGAGAGAGGAGGUAGAGUGUCUACAGGGAAGAUUGGAGAGCGUUGCAUCGGAAGACCUAGCCUCUACGGAUAUCUUGGACGCUGUGAGGAAGGUCACCUGUUUGGACGACGGGAAAGCUGAGGAUGAGAAGGAAGACAAGGACAGAGAGUCCCAAGUGGUAGCGCUGAAGAGAGAGAAGGAACAGCUGUUGGACAAGGUAGCCGAGCUUGAGGCAGAGACGAUAUCGAGUCGAGCCAGGGCACAGGAGCUUCAGUCCGAAUUGGCUGCACUGUCAGCGUUGAAGAGCGGCUUGGAGGAUCGACUGAGAGCUGGACUGACCGAUUCCUCGUCGAAUAUCCUGACACCGGGUGCACAGAGGCUGCAGCCCAUAGCUCCGGCGCUGCCUGUCGUGUCCUCGCCGAAGACCAACAACGUUAGCAACAUCAAGAGCAAGUCAUCCGCGUUCGCGUCAGUCGCGACGUCCACGAAGGCUCACAAGAGCCGCUUCCGGACGAGGACCAUCGAGAAGAACGUGCUGCUCGAUAUCAACGUUCAUAACGAAGAGCUGCGCGAUAUUGAUGUCGAGGCGAGAGUGAACGAGAGGAGAGCACGUCUCGGCGCUUUGGAUUCCGUCCUCGUGUCACCCGCCAGAGUUGCGAACGUUAAGGACGUUGACUCGAAGAAGAUCGCUGCCAUCCUACGAGAGAACUCGCCUCUCGAGCUGCAGCGGCAUCUAAUCACCACUACCGUCCAUAAUCAGGUCCUGCAGAAGAGGUUAGACGAGGUAGAAAAAAGCACGGAAACUCUCUCCGAACGACUAGACAAGGCACGGGAAGAGAACGACGACCUACGUUUCCAGCUGGAGGAGAGAAACAUCGAACUGGAAGGGACGCGAGCUCGUGUCCGCGUGCUGGAGAGACUGCAACAACGACCGCCAACGGAAACGGACCCAGAGGCAGACGCGGAUCAGCCUAGAUGCGAGCAGAACGGUCUGGAGCCAGGCAGCAGCACAGAGUCAGCCCGCGAUCAUCAUCAAGCGAUCGAGGUGAAACCGUCGCCACGGCGACGUCCUAGUCGUAUACCUUUGCCCGGUAGCACGGGAAAGGCUGCAGCACCCAGACCACCUAGCCACGGAAGAAACGACAGCAAGGAAUCGUUGAAAUCGUUGACGAGGCCCCCGCGUGAUUCUAGUCGCGACAGUCACGGUGGCAAGUCCCUGUCAAAGGCUCGUGACUCGAAUCGAGACUCUCUGAGCAACAAAAGCCUGACCAAGAACAGUAACAGCAACAGCAACGGAGGUGGCGCAGGCAAUGGCGGUGGAAGUAAUAACGGGAACGGAAACAGCAAGGAGACGAACAGGGAGUCCCUGAACAGGUCCCUGCCGCGUAACAAUUCCAGCCGAGACUCCUUAAACAAAUCCUCCUCGCUGUCCCGCGCCCGAGACUCGCUGGAGUCUAACAACCUCGGCACGUCCUCAUCCCCAGGGACGACUCCUCCUCGACGACCGCCCGCUCCUGCACGCCGUUCCUACAGCCUGGCCCGCGCGUCGACAUCCGUUGAUACCGAGAACGGCAAGAGUUGCACCGAACCACCUAGUUCCUGGUGCUUAACGAACAGCAGCUUCCGGCACAGCGAUUCCUCCUUAUAUCUGGACUCCUUGAAUCAAGAGACCUCGUCGGUGACCGGACCUACCAGAGUGGAAUUCAUUAUCGGUUCGCCAACUAGACGCUUCCGACAGAGCUCUGUCUGGCCGCAUCGAUAUUUCGAUAGCAUAGACUCGGCGGCCAUGUUGCCCGAGAGUCUGUUAAGCGAUGACUAUUCCCUUCGACGUGGCGAAGCCCUCGCCGAGUGUGAUUCCCUCGAGUGUCAUCCGAUCUCCAACGACAGCUGA